AUGUCGUCGACGACACCGAAACGAAAGCGCAGCAGAGCGCAGAGUGAUGAAGAUGACGAUCUUGACGAGCUUUCGCAGAAGAAGACGACCAACUUGACUCCUAUAUCUACCAGCGUAAAAAGAAGGAAACUAGCUACCUAUACAUCGGCAUCUACCAAAAAGGGGCUAUUGAGCUCGAUAGGGUCUUUGGGCCAGAAGUUAGCUGGAGGCCUCUGGGGCAAUGGUCAAAGCGGCAAAGAAAACAGACAGGAUGAGCAUAAUGUCGACGAGUUAGCGGAAGGCAAAGAUAUUUGGGAUGUCGUCAGUACAGACGACGAAGGCAAGAAGGCAGACAGAAGCCCCAUCAAGGAGAAAGGAAGUGCCAAAAAGAUGGUUAAGGCAAUUUUGAACGUUGAGAAGGCAACGCCUCGACGAAGGAGCGCGGCAGAACAGCUCAAGAUUGAUAUGGUGGGAUAUGGCUCAGAUGAGGACGGAACCCCCAAGUCUACUUCAAAGAAUGGCCAUAAAAAGGCGCAGCUGUCAGGCUCUACUUCGAAAUCGGAAGCAGUGUCAAAUGCCACAAACAAAGAUGGUUCCAUCAAAAAGAAGCGGGGUCGGCCAUCCAAAGCAACUCUCUUGAAGAAUGCAAAGGCUCAAGCAAGUGAAGAGAAACGACUGGAGCUGAGUUUAGCAGAUCGGGAGUCUGACGGGGAACCGCCAUCUAAACAAAAGACUAGAAAGAAGCGGGUUCCACAGAUUACGGAGGGCAGUCUCCCUCCUUCAGAUUCAGAACAAGCGAUUUCAUCUAGCAUCAAUAUCAAAUCCAAGAGGGAGCUAAACAGAUUAGGGAUUGACAUGGUGGAUUCGCCAAUAUCAGCGCCAAAGGGAAUUCUUACACCUAGCAAGAAGGACAGGGUUGUUCGACCCCAGAAAAGCGUCACUUUCAGAAAGAGCAAUGAAGAUUUGAAUCUUGGCUUCAAAGAUUUACCUACUUCUGCGGAUGGAAAAAGAGCUCACGCCAAGACCAAGAAGGCUCUAGAGGCCGAGGAAAGUUUCUUACACAAGGUCAAAGUUUCAUCGCCCACUGUUCAGGAGAUGGACAGUGAAGAAGAAUUAAUUGUUGCCGGUGAAGUUAUAGAGACGGAUGAAGAGGAAGACAUAGCAGAGUCGGAGGACCGCAGCCGCUUGGAAGAAACAGCAUGCUCGAUUUGUUCGAAGCUUCACUCUCCAAAAGGGAAUCAAAUUCUUCUUUGUGAUGGCUGCGACUUGGCAGUUCAUCAGAAAUGUUAUUCUGUACCAGUAAUUCCGAAGGGUGAUUGGUUUUGCAGGGAUUGUAAGAGCCAACCGGAUAGGCACACAAAAAUGGACGUUGUUGAUCUUCCUGACAUUGAGGGAUUUGAGGGGCAUCUGGGUAGGAUUCAAAGAACUGUUUUGGACCGACUCACUGGCAAAACUCGUAUUAAAAUCGCUGGCCAUGACGAUCAAUUGCAAAAACUGGUUGAGUCUGUCAUAUCAGACAUUUCUAAGAACGACCGAGAUAAGUUUCAUGUUGUACGAUUGAAUGGAUUCGUUCACACGGACGACAAACUUGCGUCUCGUGAAAUUUGGAGACAACUUGGACGAGAGAUGGAAAUUGAGGAUGACUCGGUAAAGGCAAGCAAUCAUGCAGAUACGUUAGCAUCACUUCUAGCACUGUUAUCUCAUCCUGCGGAACAGUCCGAAUUGUCAUCCCAUCAAACCGCAAAGUCUGUUGUGUUUAUUUUGGAUGAAUUCGACUUGUUUACUACGCAUGCCCGGCAAACUCUAUUGUAUAAUCUGUUCGACAUAGCGCAAGCGAGGAAGGCCCCAAUCGCCGUGUUAGGAUUGACAACCAGAAUCGACGUAGUGGAAAGUCUUGAAAAGAGAGUGAAGAGUCGUUUUAGCCACCGUUACGUAUAUCUGUCGCACCCACGAAGCCCUCCGAACUUUUGGGACAUUGCCAGAGAAGCUUUAAUUGUUAGUCCGACUGAAAAAGACUCUGGCUACCUUGACACCUCGAUUCCUGGGCAAAAUGAGUUCGUCUCAUUUUGGAAUACCAUGAUUGAUGGUCUUUAUGCUGAAGACAAUGAAUUCAAAGAUCAUGUGCAAUCACAAUUUUAUCGUACGAAAUCCAUCCCUGCUUUUAUGGCAUCCUGCAUCAUGCCAGUCGCAUCGCUUUCGACAAAACAAUUUCCUCUAGUAGGCAAGGCUUUCCGGUCGUGUACAUUAUCUCUGGGACCGCCCGAUUCGAAGCUUCAGAUGCUACAAGGACUUUCGGAGUUGGAACUUUCCUUGCUUAUUGCCGCGGCAAGACUCGAUAUUAUCCUUGAUACGGACACAUGCAAUUUUGCAAUGGUGUAUGACGAGUACAGUUCUUUAACAUCUCGGCACAAGAUACAGACUUCAAGCACGGGGCUAACCGCAAUGGGCUCCGGAGCCAAAGUGUGGGGGCGAGACGUCGCCCUAGAUGCCUGGGAGAAAUUAGCUGAAUAUGAAUUAUUAGUCCCGUUGAGUAUCGGGGGCGGUAAUACAAGAGGGCAAGACUCCGGCGCAAGUGGGCACAGCUCUUCAUUCUUUCAAGUUUUAUAUCAGAAAGUUGAAGAUAUGGAGCAGUUUGUGAACGUUAGUGGUUUUGGCGGUGCGGCCAUUCCACCGAGCAAAGCGCAUUUCGUCAAGCAGGACUUAGAGAGCGUCAUCUGCUAUGGAGAAGCUUUUGUAUCGGUAUUUCACGAAUAUGCUUUGAAUGCCGACAAAGUACCUCGAGGAUUUGAUGGCAUCACAAACAUUUUUGAUGCUUCUCUGGCUACUCUGACGAAAGUCUCCAGUAUUUUCAAAGACGAGUCUUUAGGCCAGAGAUACAAAGCAGCGGAUCAUCCUCUUAAUGAGAAAGGUCUUUCAUACGUUGCCGGGCUCGUGUUGGAAAGUGCUAGAGCCUGGAAAGUGAUCGAGUCGGCAAUUGCGGACACAUAUUUAACUCCCCAAGAACACCGAGCUAAGAUGCGGACAGAGGAAAAAGCUCUCAAAAAUGGGGGCAAGAAAGCUAUUGAUAUUUCGACUCUCAACCUCGAUCAGAAAGCUUUGCUGGAGAAGCUAGAGGAUAUGGACUUUAAAUCAUGGAAUGGAGCGGAAGAUAAUGUGGAAAAUGCUGUAGAGAUGUUGUACGAUAUCCAGCUAUGCCUUCUUUUGGUGUUCCAGGUUGUUACUGUUGGCGCUCUUUCAAAGAAGAACCUAUCUUCUGGUACAGUUGAUGUUGCGGCUAUAGUCAAGUAUCAUAAUCGUAUCAAGCGUACCGCUAGACUGGCAGGAAUUCCUAUGCCGAAGGAACGAAAAAGUCUAGAAAGUAGUGACUCCGAUGGCUCUAGUAGUCUGAGCGAUUGCGAUACGAUAGGCUCGUCUCGGAAAUCCUCGAAAAGACCUACAUUUGCACCGAUUCCGCUACCGCCACCACCUCCAGCUGUUCGAGAAAAUGUGCCGUGCCCUCCACCUCCGCCAGGCAUAGGAGUACAAACUGCUAUCCUCCCUCCUCUAUUGCACCCAACACUUGACAGCAUCAGGACGACUACUCCCCCUCUGAGUUCCGCAGCAACUAUGAGUACUACAGAGACUGUUAAUCCUCCUUCUUACACCGAGAGCCACAAAACUCCAGAAGUUACAAUGCCCACAUCUUCGCCAGAUAAAAGUCUUGAAAAGGAUAAGAAAGAAAUGUCCGAGAAGGCGUCUACUUCUGACAACGACGGAUCCCACAGCGAGUCAGGUUCCGACGAGGAAACCGAACCCGCUGUGAUUGAGCCACGCCUGUUCAAAUCAAAGCCUAAUGGCAUUACGUUUAAGCUUCGCACCAUGUUUCAAAGUAAAGAGUCUCUCGCUCUGGAAAUGAGAAAGGCGCUUUCUGAUACGGAGUCUCGACUAAUGGCAUUCGUUAUCCAAGGAUCUACCAACAAAGCCAUCCCACAUUCUUCGUUUCAUUCACUGGAGGCCACGCAUAUGCGUACUAUCUUAUCACAGCUACGUAGUGACGCGUGGUACAAGACUUUCACAAUGUUGAAUUCGGCUGAGCAUAUGGCUCUUGGCCGUAUUACCCGAUUCUUUUCCGAGGGUAAAAUGUACGAGAGAGAGGUCCUUGUGCUCAAAGUCAUCCAGGAGACAUCGAGACUUACCGCUUGGACAGCACUCUUGGGGGAUCUUCGUCGAGGAAACACCCACUCAACGGAUUAUUAUGGCGACAGUCGCACUGUUCUCGCCAUAGUGAGAGACCAACUUGUGAAUGGUAAACCGCGUGAACCUAUGCCGAGCAUAAAUAGAAUGCCUCCACCUCCUCGUGCCAAAAGUCAAUAUCACUCGGCAAGCGUCUUCCGUCCUCCACCUUCCUCGUACACGUUGCCUGUGCAACCAAACAUAACAACAUCUGAUAUUAGUCGAAACCCAAUGCCUAGGCCACCAGGUCAAGGCGCAAUACCACCACCUCAGAACCCCCCAUAUCCAUUUGGCUUAGGAACUGUGAUUCCUCCGGCCCCACCUGGAUUCCGAGGCGUGGGAACCGCUCCCCGACCUCCACAAGGACCUGCUCCCAAAUCUACAUCCUCUGUUCAGGUCUCCGAUAUCACGAUAGGCAAUAAUCAUGAAGCAGAAUUAGCUUUAACAAGCUAUAAAGAAUGUACAAUGCGCCGCUGCCAGGCUGAAACACCACAAGCUGACCGCUCUUGGCUCCGGGUCACUACUACUCUCGAAUCAUCCUCUCCAGAAUCAGUCAAACUUUGUGUAACCAAAUUCGCAGCCUAUGGUAGUGUUCUUGCAAGUAAGCUCAAAAUGUCAGAGGAACAGGCCGAUCAAGUGUCGCGGCUUAUCGACAGCUUCAGGCUGGCGGAACGCGACAUGCGAUUUGAGUGGUGCUGGGUCGUGCUCGCUCUUCUGGACAACAGCGGGAAUAUCUUGAACAACAGACCAAAUCAAGUCGUUCAACAAAUGACACAAACAAUCCACUUGGUUGCAAAACGUAGCUUGAAGGCAUGCUACCGACCGUUGGACGUUUACAAUGCAAUGAUGCGAGUCAAUGGUACAUCGAAUCCAGGGCCGCCACCACUCCCAUCCAACCCUAACCCCCACCCACUCCCGCCUGUCCAUGUGGUACCACUCCAAACGGGAAAUUACCGUUACUCUAAACGUAGGUCGUACGGGAGUGACAACUAUGACAGUGGGAGCGAUGACUCUGUCGGUUAUGUCAAACGACGCAUCAGAAAAGUCAAGUCUCAGAAUCGAACUAGAGGGUAUGUGGCAUGGUCUCGAGACAGGUACACAAGACGCGGGUCUACCAAGAUCCAAAACACCUUCAAGAAAAGUGCGGCCCGUAAUUAUGAUUUCAUUUCCGGUUCGGAUACCGAGUCUGAAGAAGAAGAAGAUCUUGUCCAAAUCGUGCUGCACUUGCAACGCGGCGAGGAUAUUGUCCAGAGGCUUCUGGCGUUGUGGACUCCCCAACAAUCAGAUACUAAGGAGGAAAUCAAGGCUUGA